GACAAAGUGAAUAUAUGAUUGUAGAGUUCCAUGGCUUGUUUCAACAAUAAGACCUUAUGUUGUCUUGAGGACAUGAGAUGACAUGAAAACUAAACUGGCUGGCCUUUAUCUUUUCUGGGGUAUUCUAGUUUGAGCUUAAGAUAAAGAAAUAUAUUUGGGAUAUAGUUUCUCUCACCUGUUUCUAUUAGCUUCUAGAAGACCACUUAUCAAUUUUUUCCUUCUGAUUUAGUGGAAAACAUUUUGGCAGUUCCUCAAAAAGUUAAAGAUAAAAUUACCAUAUAACCCAACAAUUCUACUCCUAAGUACACACUCAAAAGAAUUGAAUACAAAUGUUCAAAUGAAUACAUGUACAUGAAUGUUCAUAGCAGCACUAUUCACUGGCUGGAGUUCCAGACCAGCCUGGCCAACGUGGCGAGACCCUGUCUCUACUAAAAAUAGAAAAAUUAGCUGGGCAUGGUUGCUCACGCUUGUAGUCCCAGCUACUCAGGAGGCUGAGGCACAAGAAUCACUUGAACCCAGCAGGCAGAGGCUGCAGUGAGCUGAGAUCACACCACUGCACUCCAGCAUGGGUGACAAAGUGAGAUUCUGUCUCAAAAAAAAAAAAAAAAAAGUAAAGGAAGGUAUGAUGACAAUGUCACACAAAGUAGUGAAUACCAAUAAAAAGGAACUAUUAAAUAGAACCAAAUGAAAAUUCUGGAGUUGAAAAGUACAAUAACUAAAAUUUAAAAAUUUAUUAGAAGCACUCAAUAGUAGAUUUGAACUGGCAGAAGAAACAAGAAGUAAACUUGAAGAUAGAACAAUAGAGAUUAUGUUCAAAAGAACAGAAAGCAUAAAGAAUAAAGAAAAACAAAGACAGUCUUGGGCCCCGAGCCCACGGGGCUGUGCGGAUGGUAGGGAUGCCGACCCUACCAAGGAGCAGAUGGCAGACAGAAACGACGAGGAGCAGUUCGAAUGCCAGGAACUGCUCGAGUGCCAGGUACAGGUGGGGGCCCCCGAGGAGGAGGAGGAGGAGGACUUGGGCCUGGUGGCCGAGGCCGAGGCCGAGGCCGUGGCUGCCAGCUGGAUGCUCGAUUUCCUCUGCCUCUCUCUUUGCCGAGCUUUCUGCAACGGCCGCUCCAAGGACUUCCGUAGGACCCGCAACAGCGCAGAGGCUAUUAUUCAUGGACUAUCCAGUCUAACAGCUUACCAGUUGAGAACGAUAUACAUAUGUCAGUUUUUGACAAGAAUUGCAUCAGGAAAAGCCCUUAAUGCACAGUUUGAAAAUGAUGAACGAAUUACACCCUUGGAAUCAGCCCUGAUGAUUUGGGGUUCAAUUGAAAAGGAACAUGACAAAUUUCAUGAAGAAAUACAGAAUUUAAUUAAAAUUCAGGCUAUAGCUGUUUGUAUGGAAAAUGGCAACUUUAAAGAAGCAGAAGUCUUUGAAAGAAUAUUUGGUGAUCCAAAUUCUUAUAUGCCUUUCAAAAGCAAAUUGCUUAUGAUAAUCUCUCAGAAAGGUACAUUUCAUUCCUUUUUUCAACACUUCAGCUACAACCACAUGAUGGAGAAAAUUAAGAGUUAUGUGAAUUAUGUGCUAAGUGAAAAAUCAUCAACCUUUCUAGUGAAGGCAGCGGCAAAAGUGGUAGAAAGCAAAAGGACAAGAACAAUAACUUCUCAAGAUAAACCUAAUGGUAAUGAUGUUGAAAUGGAAACUGAAGCUAAUUUGCAUACAAGAAAAAGGUCUCACAAGAAUCUUUUCUUAUCUAAGUUGCAACAUGGAACCCAGCAACGAGACCUUAAUAAGAAAGAAAGAAGAGUAGGAACUCUUCAAAGUGCAAAAAAGAAAAAAGAAAGCAGAAGAGCCACUGAAAGCAGAAUACCUGUUUCAAAGAGUCAACCAGUAACUCCUGAAAAACAUCGAGCUAGAAAAAGACAGGCAUCGCUUUGGGAAAAAGACAAGAAUUUGAGAUCUGGCAUGAGGAAAUAUGGAGAGGGAAACUGGUCUAAAAUACUGUUGCAUUAUAAAUUCAACAACCGGACAAGUGUCAUGUUAAAAGACAGAUGGAGGACCAUGAAGAAACUAAAACUGAUUUGCUCAGACAGCGAAGACUGAUUGGGUUUGUAAAAGCUUGAUGAAAGGACAGUUAAGUAUUUUGAUCACUGCAUUUUGUUUGAAACUUGUGUCAUUGAUGUAAUUUAAAACUUUUGUUUAAAGCAUUACAGUAUUUUUCUGUGACCAUCAAUUAAUAUGAGGGUUUGUGCUAUAAGAGUUAAAGCAUAUGCUAUCAUUGUAUUCUUUAAGAACCUUAUUUUGAUAAAAUGUAAAUUUGUUGAACCCUGCCACAUUUAGUAUCCCCACCCCCAAAUCCUGUUCCAAUGAAAAAGUUAAAACCUGAUAUGGAAAAAAAAAAAAAAUUCAGUUAACCUAUUUUGUGUCUGUAGGCUGACCUCAACCCUGUAACGUAACCCAUUAAAAUGAAUUUUCUUUUUUUUUUAAGACAGAGUUUCUCUCUGUUGCCCAGGCUGGAGUGCAGUGGCGCAAUUUCUGCUCACUGCAACCUCUGCCUCCCGGGUUCAAGCGAUUCUCCUGCCUCAGCCUCCUGAGUAGCUGGGAUUAUAGGCACACACCACUACACCCAGCUAAUUUUUGUAUUUUUGGUGGAGGCGGGGUUUCACCAUGCUGGUCAGGAUGGUCUUGAACUCCUGACUUCAUGAUCCGCCCACCUCGGCCUCCCAAAGUGCUGAGAUUACAGACGUGAGCCACUGCGUCCUGCCUAAAAUGAAUUUUCUAGAUGAUUGAAUAACAAUAGUCCUUUGAUAGGAGAUAAUGACUUGAUUUAUGGCCUUAAUAUACUACUUAAUUACUUAAGACGUUUAUUAAUAGAAUGAUAAAUGUACAGAGUAACCUAUAAGCAUGACAUACUUUUGUUUUCAGUAGUUUCAUGUAAAGAAAAAAACUUGAAAAUAGUAAUACCUGAGGACCCAUGGGAAUAAUAGACACUGGGGAGGUAGGGUGGGGAGCGGGAGCAAGAGCUGAAAAACUACCUACUGGGGACUCUGCUCACUACCUGGGUGACAGGAUCAUCUGUACCCCAAACCUCAACAUCACACAGUAUACCCAGCUAACAAACCUGCCCAUGUGUUCCCUGAAUCUAAAAUAAAAAUCGAAAUAAUUUUUUUAAAAAAGAAAAAGACAGUAGUAUUACCCAUGGGACAAAAUUUGUACUAUUAGCAAGAAUAAUUUUGUGUCUCAUUUAGAAACAAUUUGACUUUUGUUCCAGUGUUUAAACUUUGACAAAAAUGGUUUUGAAUAGAUCUUUAUAACCUGAUGCCAUAAAUACAAGAUUCUCUGAUACCUUCAUUUAAUAUAUCAAUAUUGGGCCUAAAACAGUAUUCUCUAAAGCUUAAAUUGGUAUUAACUACGAUCAUCUUGAUGUCUAUGAUAGAUAAUAAACAAGGUCAUACAUGCCUUACUAAACAAUUUUGGUUUUUCACCAACAUUUUAUUCUUUAAAAGAUUUAGACUAACAGAAUUAUUAACAUUUCGAGUCGUGUGCUUUAUUUAGCAAGUGAGUAAAAAUAUUGGAAUAUUGAAGUAUUUGCAUAAAAAAUCAAAUGGUGGUGCUUUGUAAUCUCUAUUGUAUUUCCUAUUAAGGUUUCAUAUAUUACUUUCCCAUUGUUCUUGAAUUUGUUAUCCUAUAUAUAAACAGAAACACGGAUAAGUAAAAAAAAAAAGAGUCUCAGAGAAUGUGGAACAUCAUUAAGCAUACCAGCAUACACAUAUGGGAGUACCAGACAGGCAGGGGAGAUACAAAGGAUCAGAAAAAAAUAUUCGAAGAAAUAAUGGCUGAAAACUUCCCAUAUUUGUGGAGAAACAAUAACCUACAUAUCCAGGAAGCUCAACGAAUUCCACUGAAUGAAUGCAAAGAUUGACAAAUGGAAACGUCACAGUAAGAUUUCUGAAAGUCAAAAACAAGAAGAAAGUCUUGAAAGCAGUGUGAGAAAAAUGAUUUGUUACUUACUUACAAGGGAAUCCCAGGAAGAUAACAGCUGACUUCAGCAGAAGCAAUGGAGGCCAGAAGCAAAGGGAUAACAUAUUAAAAAUGCUCAAAGAAAAAAGAACCUGUCGUCUAAGAAUUCUGUACCUGGCAAAGCUGUCUUUCAAAAAUGAAGGCAAAAUAAAGACUUCCUCAAUUAAAAAAAAAAAAAGUUGGAGAAUCUACUGCUCUCAAAACCCCCUUAAAAGAGUUCUCUAAAUACUUAAAGAAGUUAUUCAAGCUGAAAGCAAGUGAGCCUAGGUAGUUAUUCAAAUCAACAUAAAGAAGCAAAAUGCUUGUAAAGGUAAUUAUAUAAAUAUAAAAGACAGUAGAAAUGUAAUUUUUCUCUUAAGAUAUUUUAAAAUAAAUUCUAUAAAAUAAUAUGUAUAUAAUGUAUUUUGGGGUCUAUAACAUAUAAAAGUGUAAUAUAUUUGCCAAAGAAGAUAGGUGGAUGCAAAGCAAUACAGGACUAAGGAGAUGACUGCAGAUGGUAGAUUAAUAUUUAUUAUAAUGUCUUUCUUGGCUUAUAGCAUCAAUAAAUGUAAUAUGUAUAGUAAUACCACAAAAGAUGGCAAAAAGGGAAUAGAGCUAUAUAGGUGUAACAUUUCUGUUUAAGACUGAAAUUAAGCUAGUGUAAAUUAGAAACUUAUUUGGGUGAGUUAAGAUAUAUGCAGUAAACCCUAGGGCAACCACUGAAAAAAUUCAAAACAUAUAGUGAAAAAAAUUAUUAAGGAAGUUUAAAUGCUACAUUAUAAAAUACUUAACAAAAAAGAAAGAAGUAAAGAGGAAUAAAGGAACAAAAACACAUGAGACAUAGAGGAGAAGAAGAAGAAUGACAUAAUAAACUCAACUAUAUCAAUAAUAAAAUUACAUGUGAAUAGAGUAAAUAUGUUAAUUAAAAGGCAGAGAUUCCCAGGCUGGAUAAAAUCUCCAGGUUUAAUAUCCCUUUGCCCCAAGUAAAAUCCAGCUUUUUUUUCUAUGAUGUAUUUGAUCACUGUGCUGGUUUACAAAAGAUUUCUAACCUUACUAAAAUCUUUAAAAUCAGUGGCAAAGUGUUCUAUCUCAUUUCACCCGUAUCAGAGACUCAAAUCCUGAAAAAUACCAAGUUGACCUGCCCAUUCUUGAGUUCUACUGAAUCGUGUGUUCCCAGAUCACUAUGGAUAUUGCUGUUUACUUGACCAAUUACUUUUAGUCAACAAGAUUUGAACAAUGCUUUUGAUUCACACAGUGUGAGACCUAGACUUCCCUCAUAUUGAAAUAGGGCAUUAGCAUCCUGGAUUCCUGCACCGGCUUUUGAACCUUAUGUUUCCUGCACCCCAAGAAGGCAUGUUAUCUGGACAUUGUCCUCUCUGUGAUGGGAAAGAACAGUUUUUUCAACAAAUAUUGCUAGGACAACUGGAUAUCUAGAUACAAAAGAUAUUGCAUUUAUGUUACCAGUUUUCUGUGUCAGUCCAUUUUGCUCUGAUGUAACAGAAUACUGCAGACUGGGUAUUUGUAAUGAGUGGAAAUUUAUUGGCUCACAUUUCUGGAGUCUGGAAAGAUCAAGGGGCUGGCAUAUGAUGAGGGCCUUCUCGCUGUGUCAUCAUAUGGUAGAAGGACAAAGAGAGGGUAUGGAUGGGACAAAUAUCUUCUUUUAUAGGAACCCACCCCUGAAAUAACAGCAUUAAUCCAUUGAUGAGGGCAGAGCUCUCACAGCCUAAUCACCUUUUUUUUUUUUUUAAUUUUAUUUUGAGACGGAGUCUCGCUC